CCUAUUGUGUUCUGCGCAGUAUCGCGGAGGAAGUGCGGCGGGUCAGACCGAAGAUGAACCUGCCUACACUGCUUCUGCUGAGUCUUCUAGCGGUUACUCACGGCGAAAACUGGAACUCAGAGAAUCUCGAUCCAAACUCAGAUCUUCAGGCACACUUUGGCGACGGUGAUGAAUACGGUCUUGAAGAAAAAGUAAAUAGUCUUCGCGCCUUCUAUUAUGAAUCUGAUGAAUCUGAUGAAUCUGAUGAUGAUGAUGAUGAUGAAGAUUAUGGCGAUGAGGACGAUGACGAGGGUGAUGAAGAUGGGGACUAUGUAGGAAAAAAGGAAGAUAAUGAUGAUGAAGAUUAUGGCGAUGAGGACGAUGACGAGGGUGAUAAAGAUGGGGACAAUGUAGGAAAAAGUGAAGAUAAUGAUGGAGAUUAUGACGGUGAUGACCAGGAUGAAGAUGGCGGUAAUGAAGGCAUCGAUGACCAAGUGGAUAACCAGUCAGCGGCAGGAAGCAAGAGAUUUUCGCAAAGGAAGAACUUACCACGGAGAAAGAAAUUUCCGCCCAGGAAUAAAUUUUCACCCAGGAAUAAAUUUCCGCCCAGGAAUAAAUCUCCGCCCAGGAAUAAAUUUCCGCCAAGGAAUAAAUCUCCGCCCAGGAAUACAUUUCCGCCCAGGAAGAGACCAUCGCGACGUAGAAGACGAGACGUGAAUCCGGAGACAUCAAGGCUGCACGACCGCAGACGCCGACGCUUCAGGUUCGGGCGUCGCCGACGUGGCCCAGGGAGAUCCAGGCGCGACAGCAGCGAGGAGAACGAAGAGCCUUCCUUUUGGUCUCGCUUACUGAUUCGGAGGCGUGGAAAGCGGCAGUUUCGGACGGGCGGGGAGAGCAACACCACCGACCGCGUGGCCGAGACGGAGAGUCUGGGAAACACACAGGCUGGAAGGUUGAAGAGGUCUCUACGAACUGGAACCAGCCUGGACAAGAGGGGCUUCUGGUCUACCAUCACUUCUUUGUUCCGGCCUAGGAUGAAAGAAAGAAAGCCAUCCAAGAUCACAGGGUCGCCAAAAAGUAGAAACAAGGACGAUAAAGAGGAUCUCGAUUACGGUGGUUCACAGUAUGACAACGCUCAGUAUGACAGUGCCCAGUAUGACAACGCUCAGUAUGACAGUGCCCAGUACGACAGCGGUCAGCCUGACUACGAUGGGCCUCGUGAAUUUCACAAACGUUCCAUUUACGACAAAGACGCUGAUCGCCCAAGGACUGGAGACGAGAGCAACGAGCAAAAGGGGAACACCUAUUUGAAAGACAUGAAGACCUAUGAAGAUACGGAACGACGGGGAUGGACGGCAGUGAAGGCCGGGGAAGGUCAAUGGCCGCAACCAGGAUUUGCUAGAAACACCAGGUUUAUCGGCAAGCUUUUCCGGAAAUUUGGGCGCCUAUUCUACAGUGGGGAUUCCAGGCAGCCUUCCAAGGAGAUUUCUCGAGAGAGUUCAGAAGAGAGCUCCGAGGAAGACAGCUCAGAAGAAACAUCUCAGGAGAACACAUUGCCGAUGGAAGACUUCAGAAUGCAGGGCGACCUCGACUACGGUUAUAAAGAGUUAGGGGAACCAACAGAUGGAACAUUUGGACAAUCAAAAGAUAUCCAAGAACUGGUUGAAAAAUCACAGGAUUACCAGGGACUGGCUGAACAAUCACAGGAUUACCAGGGACCGGCUGAACAGUCACAGGAUUACCAGGGACCGGCUGAACAAUCACAGGAUUACCAGGGACCGGCUGAACAAUCACAGGAUUACCAGGGACCGGCUGAACAGUCACAGGAUUACCAGGGACCGGCUGAACAAUCACAGGAUUACCAGGGACCGGCUGAACAAUCACAGGAUUACCAGGGACCGGCUGAACAGUCACAGGAUUACCAGGGACCGGCUGAACAGUCACAGGAUUACCAGGGACCGGCUGAACAAUCACAGGAUUACCAGGGACCGGCUGAACAAUCACAGGAUUACCAGGGACCGGCUGAACAAUCACAGGAUUACCAAGAAUCUGCUGAACAAUCACAGGAUUACCAGGAACCAGCUGAACAAUCACAGGAUUACCAGGGACCUGCUGAACAAUCACAGGAUUACCAGGAACCUGCUGAACAAUCACAGGAUUACCAGGGACCGGCUGAACAAUCACAGGAUUACCAGGGACCGGCUGAACAAUCACAGGAUUACCAGGGACCGGCUGAACAAUCACAGGAUUACCAGGGACCGGCUGAACAAUCACAGGAUUACCAGGAACCUGCUGAACAAUCACAGGAUUACCAGGAACCUGCUGAACAAUCACAGGAUUACCAGGGACCGGCUGAACAAUCACAGGAUUACCAGGGACCGGCUGAACAAUCACAGGAUUACCAGGAACCAGCUGAACAAUCACAGGAUUACCAGGAACCUGCUGAACAAUCACAGGAUUACCAGGAACCUGCUGAACAAUCACAGGAUUACCAGGGACCGGCUGAACAAUCACAGGAUUACCAGGGACCGGCUGAACAAUCACAGGAUUACCAGGAACCAGCUGAACAAUCACAGGAUUACCAGGAACCUGCUGAACAAUCACAGGAUUACCAGGAACCUGCUGAACAAUCACAGGAUUACCAGGGACCGGCUGAACAAUCACAGGAUUACCAGGGACCGGCUGAACAAUCACAGGAUUACCAGGAACCAGAAGAACAAUCACAGAAUUACCAGGAACCUGCUGAACAAUCACAGGAUUACCAGGGACCGGCUGAACAAUCACAGGAUUACCAGGAACCUGCUGAACAAUCACAGGAUUACCAGGGACCGGCUGAACAAUCACAGGAUUACCAGGGACCGGCUGAACAAUCACAGGAUUACCAGGGACCGGCUGAACAAUCACAGGAUUACCAGGAACCUGCUGAAAUAAGGUUACCAGGACGGCUGACAUCACGGUCGGACGUGACACAGAUUACCAGGGACGCUGAACAAUCACAGGAUUACCAGGGACGGCUGAACAAUCACAGGAUUACCAGGGACCGGCUGAACAAUCACAGGAUUACCAGGAACUGGAACAUCAAGUUACCGGACGGCUGA